GUAAUCUCAGGUGGGAUUUCUCUGUUUACGCCUCAACGUGGGUUUGUUUGAUAGUCGCUUGAAGUCAAAAAAGCGAGAUGAAAAGUUACCUUUAUUGACGUAAAUAAUUGUAUUAAUGAAAAUGAGUAAAAAGCGCCUCAGCGACGCCUCGGUGGAGACGGAACUUCCGGUGAAAAAGGAGAAAGCUCCGGAGUUUAACGGAACGGCGUUUAAAACCAUGCUGAAAAAUCCCACCACAGCCUUGAAGGGGCUGGAACGAUUCAUAUCAACUGCGAAGAAGCUGCCGUGCUCCGACCUGUAUGAUGUGGUCGAGGGUUAUAUUAAAAUAUCGAUGGAGUGUGCAGAAAUAUUCAAGUUGCUAGAAGCAGAUAAGCCCAUAGAGUCCGAGAUGAUGCUGAUUUUCGGGAGCUUGGAAGUGAUACUUCUGAGGACAGCCAGUGAUCUCUCCCACUUCAACAUGGUCGGGAAUGUCAUAGUGAAAAAGAUUGUUUCUAACUACAUGAAACGUCUGCACGGAUCUUUUUAUUCAGCGAAUCACGGAUUUGUCCGUCAGUGCCUCAAUCUCCUGUCUGCCAUGGUGUCUCAGGGGGUUGAAGCUGCCAGAGAAGUCUUCAGUCAUGUUCAGUUCAAAACACUUUCUGGACUGGCAAAGAGAAAAGAUAAACGGGGUAAACCUGAUGUCAGACUGGCUUUUAUCCAGUUUGUGUUGUCCUUUCUAGUGUCUGGAGAUAGUGCAAUCAUUGGACAGAUUUUAGAGGUUAAAGAACUCCUGCCGCACAUCUUGAACACGGGUCUGAAGGAGGACAGGAUGUCCACGGUCAAUUUGAUUUUGUCAUCAUUGAAGACAAGAGUUGUAUUAAACAAAGCCAUCAGUAAAACGCAGAAAGUGCGAUUUUUCACCCCUGCUGUAUUGGCCAAUAUUGCAUCUCUGUACAAAUGGAAUGGGAUUGUUGAUGCGACCACUGAUGACGACACAAUGGUGGAGGACUCUGGUGCCGCUGGGCUAUCAGUUGUCCGGGAACUUGUGCACAGUUUCCUUUUUGACCUGUGCUGCUCUCGGAAGCACGGCAUCAGCUUCCACGACCCUAGCUUUGGCACAGCUGGCAGACUUGGCAACCUUGUCUUGCUUCAGUUCUUGGUUGGGCUGAAACAGGCCACUGAAGAUGAGCUGGUGACGGAGCUGGUGGUGAAUGUACUGAAAGCGAGUCCUGACAUCUUGUCCAGAUUUUUCAAGGAGACUCAUUAUUCAUAUACCCCGCGGAUUAGAAGUGCUUGGCAAGAGAAUGUCAGACUCCUUAAAAGGAUAUACGAGACCCAGCCAGAGAUUUCCACAAUCUUUCAAACUGGUGAGAUGAUUCCUUUGCCACGUCUGUUGUCCAUGAUUAUGGUCGUCUCUCUUCCUCCUGUGUGCAACAAGGCAUUCUUUACACAGGGCCUCAACCUUGCAAACCCAACAGUGCAGCUUACAACUGUGUCCAUGAUAAAUUUCAUUCUGAAAAAAGCCAAUAAGAACAUGGAGUAUCUCUCGGACAAGUCAGCGGGGCACAAGUCAGUUCUUUACACUGUUGAAAUGAUGGAGGAGCUCGUGCAGCAAUACAGGGAGACACUUGGCAAGAUUUUGCCUGACAUGACACUCAUAAUUUCAACAUGGCAGUUUCUUAGCAAGAAGGAAAAGGCUGAUUGUGAUGCCAAAAAGGCAAAAGGUGAAAAGGGUGUCGAGCUGACUGAAAAUAAAAAUGAACUGCCUGUUGCAGAGGAGGCUGAGGUCAUUGUGCUGAAGGCCUUUAUUCUUCAAGUCAUAUGUCUUUACCAGAAGGUGGUGCCACAUCUUGUUACACAGUCCAAAUUUGACUUCAGCAAACUCCUGAAAGGAAUUGUGUCAGAGAAAGGAAUGAGAGAAGAAAUACCUCCGGUCUUGCAGUAUCAGAUACUUCAACUGGCUUUAGAUCUUCCUGCAAACAAGUUUUCCUGGUUUCACUUACAGGAUGUUGUAAAUUCUGAAUCAUCACCUGGAGAGAAGUCUGUACUCUACCUGCUUCUGAGAAUGUUUGUGAGCAGCAGCAGCAGCCACCUGAGUUCCACCACACGGAAGCUAGUUCUAAAAGUUCUGAGGGACACUGGGGUAUUUGAGUACACCUUUACUGAGCUGAACCUCUGGCUGGACCAGCUGGCCAGAAUAAAACCAGACCAACAGGAGACGGUGAUCCAUUUCCUGGAGAGGGUAUUGGUCAAAUUGGUGUGCAGUUCCUACAAUUACACAGAUAGAGUUGCAGGUUUCGUUCAGGAUGCCGCAAACCUUCAAGCUAAUCUGAGCGUCCAGGAGGGGGAGGCAGCGAGUGUUCCAGUCUCACAUAUAGAUGAUGUUUUAGACAUGUUGGACGUCAUUAUGGAGGGUAGCGAUGGAGAGAUGGAAGAGUUUGGCCCGUCUCUGAGUGAAGACCUCAUUAUACAAACCUUCCCCUUCAGUGCAGUGGUACCUGCUGCUCUGGAAGCACGAAACAAACUUCCAGCAGACAGAGGUGUUGUAUGUGAAUACCUGUCUGCAGUGCUCUCUGAUGUGCUGCACUGUCAGAGAGACCCUCUCCCCCUCUGUUUGGCUCUUCAGCAGUACGAUAAAGAGCUUGUCUCUUCCCAGCUCCCUGCUUUCCAUCAGUCCAUCGCAAACCUCCAUCAGUAUUACUCCAGAUGGCUGCCGCAGCAGUGCAGAGAAGAGCUGUUCAAGUCUUCUGAAAGUGUUUCGGAGGAACUGUCAGCCCCGAGCUCAUGCUCCUCACUAAUUAAAACUGCGUACAUUCAGGGACCAGGUGCUAUGCUUGAGGACACUUUCAGGCAGAAUACAGAAAAAGCUCUAGCUUCCAUGUCACUGACAGAGUUCCCAGUAUUAAUCAAGCAGAUUUUACUUUACAUUAAAUCCACGGUGGAAGACUUUGGAAAGUUUUCCAAAGAACAUGGAGAUGCAUUUCUGAGGGCCCUAAUGGGGAUGCUCCAGGAUGUAGUAACCAGACUACAAAGUUUUCAGGAGGCUAUAAAUACAGACCCAGCAGCAGAAAAACCCCAGGAGGGAUCGGACCUGUUUUUGGAACUGAACCAGUCAUCACCAAUGGAAUGCAAUAAAGAACAGAUUGUUGUUUCAGCUCUGGGCUCCAUCUUCAAGCAUCCAUGUCUGGAGCAGUGGUUUCUGGCUCUGGAGCUGGCUACAUUGCCUCCUCACCCUCUGAAGCCUGUUUCACUAAAGCGCUUAUGUGCUCAGCUGACAGACCAUAUUCUGAGCCUGCUGAAGAUUAGUGCUCCCACUCUUGAUGAACUCAAUCACCUGGAGCUGAUUUCUGUCUACCUAAGUGCUAUAGAAAGGAGUGCUUUGAAGGAGCUGGUUGAAAGGGGUUUUCACCCUGCAAAGACGUACUCCAGGUCUUUCCAGGCACUCCUCUUUUUGCACAGCUACAUGGACUCCAGUAACCUCAGAGAAUUGGUCUCCAGGCUGCUGCUGCUACCUCGUGAAAGCCUCAUCUGUCCCGGCAGUGAAGGGACACAAUCUGAGCUCAGCAUUUACGGUCAUGUAGCACUGCAAAUCCUCACAAAAUAUUACUCUACCUCUUCUCAGAACCAAAACACGUUUCUGACACCAGCACAUCUCCAUGGCUUAGGCACCCUGCUUCUGUCCUGCUCCAGCCCUGAGCUGGAAGCCUUCCUGCUCCAGAUUCUGUCCAGCAAGCCAGGCAGCGCCAAGCUUAUCCACACUGAUGUGCUGCUGCACUGCCUCCGGCGGUCUCUCCCAGGCUGUGUGGCUAUCAGCUGUUUGUUGUUGCAAAACUGCUCGCUUCACCGCCUCUGCUUUGAAGUGUGGUGUGAAGAACCCGCCAAUAUGGAGAAGGUCUCAGAGACAAAGGCUUUCCUUCCUCUGAUUAAUACCUAUUUACAGGUGGCCCAAAGAGAAGACCCCGCCAGACCAAAAGAUGUGCAAAAAGACGUUUUAGAAGCCAUGAAAAAAGCACUUCUUUCCAAGUUUUCUCAGAGUAUUCUGGGAAACCUGACCGAAGACUCUGGCAUCCAUAUUGUAGAAGCUGCUGCAAGUCUGAUCAAGCUCUCUGCAGACCUGAACGAUAUCUGGGAUUUUAUCAACGAUCUUCCAGAUGUUCUUCAAAAAGCAGAGAGCUUUGAAAGAUGGCGUCUUGUAGAUGUCAUAACUGAAAAGCUAGCUGAUUGCACAGAAGAGCAAGAAAAAUGGAGACGGGCUGUUGUUGCUGCAGCCUUAAAGUGUCUAAUGGCUUCAUACUGCCGCUCUAAAGAUCAGGCUGGUUCUCCAGCAGACCAGGAGAAGGGGAUCUUAAAAAGACUUCAGCAACUCUUGAAAUCUGCUGAAGACCUCAGUGCGUCUGACUGGAGCAGUUUUGUCAAAAAUGGAUUGAAGUAUCGGUACUGUAAUGAGCAUUUCCUGAACACUCUAAGUAGUCUGUUGAUGGUGAUGUACGGAAGUACAGAAUUCCAAAAGGAUCUGCUUCCUUUAUCUACUCUUCAUAUGAUGACCACAAGCCAUUCUCAGUUCCUGCCCAUCAUGCUUGACUCUAGUGAAGAGCCUAAUGGAUGUCAAGUCAAAGAAGCUUUAGUUUCACUUCUUCUUUGUCUGGUGAAGACGUGCCCAAAGGUGUGCAACAUAAAUCACUUUGUUGUACUUUUGGCAGCAUAUGGAGCCACACUUUCAACUUCAGAUCAAAAACUGUUACUGCUUCUUCGGGAAUAUGAAAGAAACCAGGUCAGCUUGCUGAAAUUUCAAUCGCUCCUGUGGGGCUCCGCAGCUGUUGAGCAUCACAAAACCAGAAAGACCCUGGGAGCCUCUCUGUGGAAGCAGCCGGGUUCAGACGAUGUGUUGGCACUGCUGAAAGCUGACAAGAUGCUCCAAACAGUUUUAAAGUUCCCACAGGAGCGCAAAAUUAUCCCACAGGAUGACACAGAGCUGCUGUACAGUAAUGAUUCAGUAAAGAAUCUUGGGGAUUUGUAUGAUCCGUGUUUCCUUCUGCCCCUUUUCAGUGCUAUACUGCGACCAGAAUGUGUUAUUGACUGCCUUAAAUUCGUAUCCUGCCACGCUCUUGGAGUUACCGUGAUGGCUCUUAGUAGCUUUGACCCGAACGUGAGAGCUGCAGCGUACCAUGUACUGGCCUGUUUCUACCAGCAUCUGGAGGGGGCUCGGUUCAGAGAGAAGAGACAGCUGCUUUAUUUGAUGGACAUCGUUAAGAAUGGAAUUCCGAAGCAGAAUCAGAAACUUCCAUUUGUCCUGGCUAUUUACAUCAGCAAGGUGGCUCAGCAGAUGCUCAGACCCGAGGACCACAUGUAUCUGGUGUUCAACAGAUUUCUGCUGUCGCACCAGAGUUUAGACCUGAGAAGAGUCCCAGAAUUCUUCAAGCUAUUUUAUGGUUUUGACCUAGAGCACAAAGUGGAACGUGAUUGGAUCCUGAAUUUACUGGAGGAAGGAAUAAGCGAUGGACAUAGCUAUGAACUAUGCAACCACCAAAGCAUCUUUCAGGUCCUGCUGGGCUUCAGCAACAUCCCUCUGUGCAGUGAAUAUGUUCAGGCAAAGAUAAUCAAGGUGUUGUGUCAGGCUACCUGUGUGCCAAAAGCGGUUUAUAACCUCACCAAGAGCUGUGGGCUCUUGAGCUGGAUGAUACAAGUUGUUGAUAAAAAGAAUCUGACCCACCAGACAAUAUGUUCAGUCAUCAAUCUGCUUCAUACUCUGUGGUUCACCAACCUUGUGCAGAAGGAGAAGAAGGUUGAUGUACUUGGCGGCACGUCGUCUACCGAGAAGAAACCUCCGCAUUUAGUGAAAUGUCUGCCACUCCCACUCAUCAGUGAAUUUCUCUGUGUGACGUCAGCCAUCAGCAGACACCUCAGGUUGGGUGUGAAGGCCGCUCAUUUGAGCCUGUUUGUUCAGACUCUUCAUUCUGUCCUCGUGCAUCAGGGGACAGCUCUCACUGUAAACAAACAAGCUGAUUGGCUGACCCUCCACCCACAGCUGCUGUCCUCCACUGAAAUGCUCUCUCUGCUUCUCUGCUGGGCCUCCUUGUCCCACAACAGCACCAUUCUAGACCAAAUACAAGCCCUGUCUGAAAAGCACAAACUAAAGGAACUAACGGGGAUAGGGAAGUAUAAGGUGCGACGUAAGGGCCGCAUUGCCUUCGACCGCUUUCGAGAUGAGAACACUUCAGAGGACAGCUGGACUGUGGAACAAGAAGAGAGUCUUCUGGUAGGCUGCAAAGUGCACCUCAGCAGUGUAUUUGUUCACUGGGAGCCUGUGUUUCAACUCUCAGAACCACAGUCACUUCAGCCAAAAGACAAACUGGAUUCCAGUGAGUUGGCCUGUGAUACGGCACACCUGCUUACAAAGUGGUCCCUGAGGUGGCUGGUGGAGGACGUGUACGAUGAAAACAGAACUAAAGAAUUCCUGACCUGGUUUGAAAAGGCCGUGAUCAAACACAGAGAAAUCGUGGAUGUGUUGAUGCUCGAUUCAGGCUUUAAAGCUGACCUCCUUCACCUCUUCCAUCACACCUUUGAAGGUCAGGGUCACUCCAGCAUUUCAGAGAGGAUCGAAAUCUGCCAGCUCUUCACUAACAUUAUGAUCCGCUUAUUGGAGAUGCAAGGCCAGCUUCAGGAGCUCCAUCGAGCCGUUAUCUCUGCCUGCAUGCCAGAUCAGGACCAAUCUAGACAUGCACCAGGACUGUUUCUGUUGUCGUUGUACAUCCACGAGCUGUGGAGUGGAGCAGCUUCAGCAGACCUGUUCCUGUCCCACGUCGGCUUGGUGACCGGAGCCAAGUGCAAAAUCCAAAAAGAAAAAGGGUCCAAAUCAUCAAAGGCUCAAACAGCCGUCAGAGCCAUCUGUCAUGAAAUUAUCAGGAUGAAAAGUUAAUGAAACACUUCAAAAUUUCACUGUGUAUUUUCAGUUUUGCAGACUUUCAUUUUGCUUUUUUUGAAUUUUGUUUUAAAGAGACCUCUGAAGUUUAUAAACAUGAAAUAAACAUUUACAAACCCA